AUGACAAAAUACGCAUUAGUGACAGGCGCCGGGAGCGGAAUUGGGUACGAAUUGGCCAAGGCCUUCCAUCGGCGCAAAUACGUUGUGCUUGGAUUGGGCACCAAACACGAUAUUCCCGGCAUGAACACUUUGAAAGAGCAGAUUGAUUUGGUUCCAAUUGUGGCCGACGUUACCAAUGUCAACGAUAUCAAGGCAGCAGUUGAGGACGUGCGCUCUGUGACAGGAGGGCGUCUUGAUGUGCUUUACAACAACGCAGGCGUGUGCAACGUGGGCGGACCGGCCAUUGAGUUGGACGAUGACGGCUUGCGCCGUCUUUUGGACGUCAACGUGUUGGGCCAGAUGUACAUGACCAAGUACAUGAGCGACUUUGUGAUUGCGGCGCGGGGCUCAAUUGUUUUCACGGCGUCGGUGGCGGCGCGUGUUCCCCUCUCGUGGACACUGGCGUACUGCGCGUCAAAAGCAGCCAUUGACCAAUAUGCGUUGGUGUUGCAUGGAGAAAUGCAGCCAUUUGGCGUGCGGGUGCACAGCGUGAUUACCGGAGGCGUGGACACCGCGAUCGCAGACUCGUUGGGGCUGGAGGUCCGCAAGAACAAAACAGGCGAGUACCCCUCGGAACACUUCAAUGUCAGCGGCAUGAGAGACAGUGUAGAAGCAGCAACGAAUAUGAGCCGGAGUCACAGAAGCCAAAGUGCGGCCGACUAUGCUGAGGAUAUUGUGGGCAAGGUGGAAAGCCGGAGCAGCAAAUUCAACCUAUACGGAGGGUACGGCGGGUACUUUUUGCACUGGCUCCGGUGGUAUGCGCCGGUGUGGGUGAUGGAGUGGAGUAUUCAGACGUGGUUCAAGCAGCGGCGCGUAUUUGAUGAGAUCAGGGCCAAGUAUGCGGGGAAGUGA